AUGGAGUCCUUGUGGAAGCUGUCCUAUUUGCUUGAGCCGGCGUCACUUGCCCUCAUCGUGACGGCUGUUUCAGUUGCCUACGCAUCAGCAUCGCGUGCUCUGGACCAUGGCAAGGAGAUGGAGAGGAACUUGGACUUCUCGGAGGCAUCCAUCACACUUGAUCGGUCGCAGGCUCUCAUGAUCCCCCUUGCAAGCUCAUGCAGCCUACUGCUGAUGUUCUAUCUGUUUUCAUCUGUAUCGCACCUCGUCACCGCGUUUACCGCCGGAGCCUCUGUGAUGGCGCUCUUCUUCUGUCUGUCUCCGUCUAUCGCCUACGCCAAGUCGCAGCUCAAUCUAAUGGAUCCUUUCGUGUCGAGGUGCUGUUCCAAGUCAUUUACCCGGUUGCAAGGAUUGCUAUUGACUUUCUGCAUAAGCACGGUGGCAGUGUGGCUGGUAACAGGGCAUUGGUUGCUAAAUAACGUACUUGGGAUUUCCAUAUGCAUAGCAUUUGUCAGUCAUGUGAGGCUUCCCAACAUAAAGAUUUGUUCGUUGCUUCUCGUCUGUCUGUUUGUCUAUGAUGUUUUCUGGGUCUUCUUCUCCGAGAGGUUUUUCGGAGCAAAUGUUAUGGUUUCUGUUGCCACUCAGAAGGCAUCUAACCCAGUUCACACAGUAGCAAACAAGCUUAGCCUGCCUGGGUUGCAGUUGAUUACGAAGAAGAUAGAGCUUCCGGUGAAGCUUGUCUUCCCUAGGAAUUUGUUGGGCGGGAUUUUUCCAGGAAGCACUCCUGGUGACUACAUGAUGCUUGGCCUUGGAGACAUGGCCAUCCCAGGGAUGCUUCUAGCUCUUGUACUCUCUUUCGAUCAUCGCAAGAGCAAAGAUGUGGCUGUUCCAUCAGACUUAUCUCCCUCCUCAAAGCGGCGAAAAUAUGUAUGGUUUGCGCUAACAGGUUAUGGUGUUGGCUUGGUAACUGCAUUGGCAGCUGGGAUCUUGUCUCAGUCUCCCCAGCCUGCUCUACUCUACCUGGUGCCCUCGACACUCGGGCCCAUUGUGUACCUGUCAUGGUUGAGGAAUGAUCUGUGGGAGCUGUGGGAAGGAUCUGGCACAAUUGUGAACGAGAAAGCUCAUUUGCUGGAAGUCUGA